UGACAUCACAACGUAAUUUUAGUUGGCAACACUGCAAACAACCAUCCAGUAUGUCUUCCUCCAUGGGCAGCGGGAUGUUCCCCGGCCAGCAGUCCGCUGGUCCUCACCCUGUCGGCGGCCCGGGUCAGCCGGGACUACUAUCUGGAGCUCCGGGGAACAGGGUCCAGGGCCCCAACACUCUGGUAGACGACCUAGAGGCUUCUUUCGAGGCUUGCUUUGCGUCCCUAGUGAGUCAAGACUACGUGAACGGAACCGACCAGGAGGAAAUUCGGACAGGUGUGGAUCAGUGUAUUCAGAAGUUUCUGGAUGUCGCCAGACAGACAGAAUGUUUCUUCCUGCAGAAGCGUCUUCAGUUAUCAGUCCAGAAACCCGACCAGGUGGUCAAAGAGGAUGUGUCUGAGCUGCGGAAUGAACUCCAGAGGAAAGAGCUGCUAGUUCAGAAACACCUGUCUAAGCUGCACCACUGGCAGCAGGUUCUGGAGGAUAUCCAGCAUACCUCUGUUCUCUCACCACCUGGACCCCUGGCCUUCCUGGAACAGGCCUCAGCUAGUCUACCUGCUGCACCACUCAAACAGACCUAACACACACACACACCUCUCUCUCUCCCAGGCCUCAGCUAGUCUACCUGCUGCACCACUCAAACAGACCUAACACACACACACACCUCUCUCUCUCACCACCUGGACCCCUGGCCUUCCUGGAACAGGCCUCAGCUAGUCUACCUGCUGCACCACUCAAACAGACCUAACACACACACACCUCUCUCUCUCACCACCUGGACCCCUGGCCUUCCUGGAACAGGCCUCAGCUAGUCUACCUGCUGCACCACUCAAACAGACCUAACACACACACACCUCUCUCUCUCUCCCAGGCCUCAGCUAGUCUACCUGCUGCACCACUCAAACAGACCUAACACACACACAUCUCUCUCUCUCUUCUGGAAACUACAUCAUCUUUGUUUUCUUUUUGACUUGUGUAAAUAUUUCUGCUGUUUUGUCCUGACAGAAUAAAUGAGUUUAGAUCAGAACACCAGCUGCUGUUUUGUCCUGACAGAAUAAAUGAGUUUAGAUCAGAACACCAGCUGUCGUUUUGUCCUGACAGAAUAAAUGAGUUUGGAUCAGAACACCA